AAAAAGUGCAGGGCGGCUGCCAGACGCCAUGGCGGCUCGAAACCCGGGGCCAUUUCUGCAACAGACGCCAGUGGGUUUUCCAUCCUACUGUCGUCACAUCACCCGGGAUUGGAUGGCAAGAAAGGCCUUCGAAAAGAGUGAAGUCAACACUCGCGUGUACAAGUCCAUCUACGAGAACAUGGGCGUGAGGGGUGCCAUUCCUAUCAACAAGUACGUUGGUCGGAAUAGAAUCCACUUGCGUGGCAUCACAGAAGGCUAUGCCCGAGGAAACAAGAGGUGGACCCACAUGAACAAGCACGGCUUCAGCCAGCUGUACCGCGAGGGUUGGCUGAUCAAGUAUGGCUACGAUCCAGAUCGCUAUCAUUGAUGUGGGGCGGUUGCAACUCAGAUUGCUGCUCUCGAGCGCACGCAGGCGUUGUCAG